UUGAUAACAACACAGAAUAAGCCAGAUAAACUACGUGCAGUUGGAAUUAUGUGUUUAGUGAUUAACGUGCUUUACGGGUCAGAUUAUCAGUCAAUUUCCGAAUCUUGUAACUUGCUUUCGAUAAAAGGGCGAACCUAAGUUCACAAAUUUUCAAAAUGAAUAGAGCCAAAUUCUUGCAAAUGUUGCGUGUUCAUCUCCUAACUAUUCUGACAGUAAUUUCGGUCAUUCUAAGUAUAGUUACUGGAAUCAUAAUGCGAUUGGGUCACUCGACUUAUGAUGCACGAACUGUGAUGUAUGUAAAUUUCAUCGGAGACAUUUUCUUGCGCAUGAUUCGUCUGUUAAUUUUUCCUCUGAUCAUGUCAUCUCUGAUUGCUGCCAUAGCACCACUUGAUAUAUCGUUGAGCAAAAAAAUCGGGGCUCGGACGAUUGUGUACAUUUUAUUGACAACUGUGAUAGCAGUAAUUCUGGGAGUUGUGCUUGUGGUAACCAUUAAACCAGGAGGUGAUGGAGUUGACGAUGGAGUCGAUCGAGAACAGCGAAAAGCAAGCACAAUAUCCGACACAAUAUUAGACUUGAUAAGAAAUAUUUUCCCGCCGAACGUAGUGCAGGCAACUUUGUCCACGUAUCAAACCGUCCUCACACCGUUAGAAGACCAACCUGAUGCUCAUGUUAACGAUUGGACUAUUAGCGGAAGAUAUGUGGACGGUACAAAUAUGCUCGGGGUCGUUUCGAUUGCCAUCGUUUUGGGAAUCAUUAUGAGCUCGAUGCGUGACAAAGUAAGCCAUUUGCUGACGGUUGUGCUUGAGUUCACUCAGGUGAUGAUGGGAAUCAUUCAAAUUGUCAUCUGGUUAACGCCAAUCGGAGUUUACUUUUUGAUUCUGGCAAAAUUCCUUGAGAUGGACGACAUUUUAGACGUGUUCGGUAAACUGGGCAUGUACCUGGCCACAGUUUCUGCAGGAAUUUUUAUUCACGGCUUCAUAAUUUUGCCGCUGAUUUUCCUGUUAAUAACCAGAAAAAAUCCGGUUGUGUUCAUUGGUCAUAUGAUGCCAGCAAUUCUUACUGCAUUGGGGACAUCGUCGUCAUUAGCUACAUUGCCAGUUUCGAUUAAAUGCCUGGAGGAGAACGCGAAAAUUGAUGUUCGCAUAUCUCGGUUUAUGUUACCAUUGGGAGCUACUAUAAAUAUGAAUGGUACAGCGUUGUAUGAAGCAGUUGCAGCUAUUUUUAUUGCUCAAUUGAGACAGGUGAAUCUGUCAAUAGGAAACGUAAUUGCAGUUUGCAUAACUGCAACAUGUGCCGCUAUCGGUACAGCUGGCGUUCCUCAGGGUGGUCUGGUAACACUAGUAAUGGUACUAGAUUCAAUUGGGAUACCCGCAGAGGAUAUUUCACUAGUCAUUGCUAUUGACUGGAUUGUUAAUAGAAUUCGGGCUGCUGUCAAUAUAAUGGGGGACGCAUACGGAGCAGCAAUCAUUGAAGUACUUAGUAAAGACGAAUUGAAAACGAUGGCUAACCAUGAUGAAAAUAAGAAAGAUUCCAUGUACGACGAAUUGAACUAGCAUUUUGUGCUCGGGAAAAUACUAAGGGUAUUCACGGUUGCGAACUUAUACUCGGGCAUGUACCGUAUAUCGAGUAUAAACUGUCAUGACCUAAAAAAAAAUCGAGUCGACUGACAACUGACAACUGCCAAUGUGUAGUUAAUGAUCUCUGGACUCCGGUAAAGUAAUUAGUUUUUCAAUCGGACCGAUAUCUGCCAACUGUUCAGUCAUUCUCAUGUACAUUUGAUAUGUCAAAUUAGUUGUUAUUUUCACAACACUUGGAACAUUUUAUUUUUUAGAGGUUAGGUUUGUGAAAAUGUCAGUUAAAUGCAUAAUAUCAAAAGCACUUGACAAUGACUUCAGAAAAAGUUUUUCUUUUGCAUAUUUUUCUCAUCACGUUUUCAAAGACGCACGGUAGAUAUUGCUCCGAUCGAAAAAUUGAUUGCUUCAUCGGGGUCCUGACAUCGCGAACUACUUGCAUUUUGUUUAACCAAAAUCCGUUGACCCGAAUUUUUUUUUCAGUUGACAGUUGUCCUUAUCGAUAAUUGAACGGUAUAAUACUGGAUAUACUGUAUAGUGCGUCCGCUAAGGCUGGGAAAUACACUAGGAUCGUGCAAAUUGAGG